AUGACAAGUGCUGGCAUUGGAGGGGUCUCGUCUGCAGCUCUACUUGCAAAGGCUGGCUUUGACGUGACAGUCUUCGAGAAGAACAGCUAUACGGGUGGUCGCUGCUCUUUACUUCAUCAUGAUGGCUAUCGGUUCGACCAGGGACCUUCCCUCCUCCUUCUGCCCCAUAUCUUCCACUCUAUCUUCGAAGAUCUAGGUACAUCCUUAGAAGGCGAAGGAGUAGAGCUGCUCAAAUGCGAGCCCAACUACAACGUCUGGUUCCAUGAUGGAGAAAAAUUUGAGCUAUCGACAGAUGUGGCCCGCAUGAAGCAGGAGAUCGAGAGAUGGGAAGGGAAAGAUGGCUUCUCUCGAUACCUCGACUUUCUUCGUGAGGCACACGAGCACUACGAACUCAGCGUCACUCAUGUACUGAAGAAGAACUUUACAUCACUAAUGUCCAUGAUAAGGCCAACGUUUCUGCGGCACCUGCGCGCAUUACAUCCGUUUGAGAGUAUUUACUCCAGAGCGUCAAAAUACUUCUGGACGGAGAGGCUGAGAAGAGUAUUCACGUUCGGCAGCAUGUACAUGGGCAUGUCGCCCUUCGACGCACCUGGAACGUACUCAUUACUGCAGUAUACAGAAUUGUCCGAAGGAAUAUGGUAUCCGAGAGGAGGCUUUCAUAAAGUCGUAGAGGCACUAGAGAUGAUCGGCGUGCGAUUCGGUGUCAAAUACCGUCUAUCGACACCAGUGUCUUCCAUACUUCUCUCAGAGGAUCGAAAGACAGCACGUGGGGUCGUACUUCCGUCAGGUCAAACUGUUACAGCAGACGUCGUGAUCAUCAAUGCUGACCUUGUAUACGCGUACAACAGUCUCCUUCCACCAUCCCCGACUGCGAAAUCUCUCAAAGCCCGACCAGCAAGCUGUAGCUCCAUCUCCUUUUACUGGGCCAUGAAUCGCCAGAUCCCCGAGCUUACGGCUCAUAACAUAUUCCUCGCCGAGCAUUAUCGUGAGAGCUUCGACGACAUCUUCAAGAAGCAUCUGAUUCCGGAAGAGCCAAGUUUCUACGUCAACGUGCCUUCUAGAAUCGAUCCAAUCGCUGCACCGGAGGGAAAAGAUUCCAUCGUUGUCUUAGUCCCUGUUGGCCACUUGCUUGAUGAGGAGGAGGGUAGGGGACUAGAUGUGCGAAGCAAGCAGGACUGGGAGCACAUGAUAAACAUUGCCCGAAAGACAGUUUUUGCCACGAUUGAAACCCGAACAGGUGCGUCAAAUCUACAGUCAUCGCUAGUCAAGGAGAUUGUCAACACCCCGCAAAGCUGGCAAGACAGCUUGAAUCUUGACAAAGGGGCAAUUUUGGGACUCAGUCACAGCUUCUUCAACGUGCUCAGCUUCAGGCCCCGUACACAGCAUCCAAGCAUCUCACGACUGCACUUCGUCGGGGCGAGCACUCAUCCUGGUACUGGUGUACCAAUAUGCCUCGCUGGCAGCAAAUUGGUGACUGAACAAGUUCUAGAAUACUUCGGUACGGUAAAGCCCUGGAAGAAACAGGCCACUGUGCAGAGUGCAAAGGCCAUUGACAAGUUACAUGUUCUGCCUUUAUUCUCAAAUGUUCAUAUUGGUAUACUAAUUUUAUUGCUGGUUGUCCUUGUCCAGCUCUACAACGCGAUGCGGCAGCAGUCUGACUUAGCCAUAUAA